CUUAUUCAUUAUUUUAUAUAUCCAAGGAAACCUUUGUAUACCAUGUCUGACGAAAUUAAUGUUGAUAAUGCCAGUCUUGAAGAAUUAAGAGAUGUUCUUAUUAACAAGUCUGGUAAUGUUAAGUUGGCUAAUAGAUUUAGAGCAUUAUUUAACUUGAAAUGUAUUGGAGCUGAUUCUGAAAAUGAAGAAGAAGUUAAGAAAGCUAUUGAUUUCAUUGCAGCCGCUUUUGGAGAUGACUCUGAGUUGUUAAAACACGAAGUCGCUUACGUUUUAGGUCAAACCAAGAACUUAUAUGCAUCAAAACAUUUAAGAGAUUGUCUUAUAAGUAAAGAACAACAAAUUAUGGUUAGACAUGAAGCAGCAGAAGCAUUGGGUGCAUUAGGAGAUUCUGAUUCUUUGGACUUAUUAAAAGAAUACUAUCAAAAUGAUCCAUCUUUGGAAAUUAGACAAACGUGUGAAUUGGCCAUUGAUAGAAUUAAUUGGGAAACUUCUGAAAAAUCAAAGUCAGAAAAUUUGGAAAAAUCAUUAUACACUUCUAUUGAUCCUGCACCACCAUUGCCAACUGAUACUGAAUCAAAAGUUGAAAAAUUACAAAAAAUUUUAAAUGAUCAAGAAAAACCUUUAUUUGAAAGAUAUAGAGCCAUGUUUAGAUUAAGAGAUUUAGGUACUGAUGAAGCAUGUCUUGCCUUAGCCACUGGUUUAUUCGAUGAAAAAUCAGCUUUAUUCAGACAUGAAAUUGCUUAUGUUUUCGGUCAAUUAUGUAAUCCAGUUACUGUCCCAGCUUUAAUCAAAUGUUUGAAAAAUGAAAGUGAAGCAGGUAUGGUUAGACACGAAGCUGCUGAAGCAUUGGGUUCUAUUGCCACUGAAGAAUGUUUACCUGUUUUACAAUCUUUCUUAAAUGAUGAAGAAAAAGUAGUCAGAGAUUCUGCUCUUGUUGCCUUGGAUAUGUACGAAUAUGAAAAUUCUACCGAAUUAGAAUACGCUACAAUCAAAACUAAUUAGGCGUUUUUCUUUUUUCCGUUUGUCUUUCUUCUUUUGUAGAUUAUCACUUUUUAAUUUAAUGUUCCUAUGUUU